AUGGAGUCGGUGGAUACCAGAGUCACCCCACAAUCGCCCAAUCCUUUGAAGGACAAAGUCUUCCAUGCCGAUAUCCGUAUCGAGUCGAUUGAGGAUUGCUCCAACAACGAGCAAGCGGAUCAGGACUCCACAUUAGUCGAGCAGAAUAGCCAGGAUGCCGAAGACAAAGAGACGCAGGAGAAGGCGGCCGAGAUGCAAGUGUGGUGGGAGGAAUCCAUCGCAAGAUAUAUGGGAUUGAAUGAUGGAUAUGAGAACGUUGCCGUGCUGCUUAUCAAGUGGGAUGACGGAUUGGAUGAGUUGAAGACGAGAGAAGAGACUGAAGAGCUCCGCUCUCUCUUCGCCGGUGGCUUCCACUACCACUGCGAAGUCGUCGAACUGAAUGUGCUUACCAAACCUCAGCACCAAAUGAAUCGGUACCUCUCGACAUUCGUGGACAAGCAUGAUGGACCCAAUAACCUGAUGAUUGUCUACUACACAGGCCAUGGCGUUUACCGAGAAGAUCUCAAAUACCUAGAACUGACAGCUAGUGUCGAUCCUUCACAGAGACGAGGCUUCAAGAACGAGGCCCGCGCCAACUGGAACCGUGCAGAGGAGCACCUUCGCUCCGACUACGUGGAAGGCGACGUCCUCACCAUCCUAGACACGUGCUACUCGUCCAACCUCCAGAAGUCGGGCAAAGAAGACACACGGACAUUUGAACUUCUCAGCGCCUGCGCGUUCGAUGCCACUACCGCAUCCCCGGGACCCCAGUCCUUCACGCGCGCCCUCAUCGACGCCCUCAAGGAGCUCCUGGCCGAAUACCACGACCGCUCCUUCACUACCUUCCAUCUGAACCAGCGCAUCCUGCUCAAUCCCAAUCGCCGCGACACUCCCUCGCAGCUCUGGUUCCGCCUCAAGCACCAUGAACGCCACAUCCGUCUCGCACCCUUGAAACCCAGGACAUCACAGCCACAACGAAGACCCUCCUUCUUCAACCCGCCUGGGGGCUAUUUAACUCUCCGCUUUGCUCUACGGGACGACUCGCUGAACCGCGAGCAGAUUGAAUACCUCACCAAGAACCUGUGCAGUGCUUUUCGGAAUAAAGCGCUUCUGGGAUUAAGGCGGAUCGACUGGUUGGGAAUGAAGCCGGCACGGACGACGCACUUUGGGAGGGCGGCGUUGGCCAUGUUUGCGGUCGCGCAGUGGAAGAAGGUGGUAGCGAGGAGAAGGGAGGAAAGG